UAUCAAUCAACAAAUAAAUAAAUACCUACCAAAUAAAUAAUUUUAAAAAAAAAACAGUUAUCAGAAUUGAAAUAUACAAAAGAUUUUAUAUCAAAUAUCUGAGAGGGUUAUCUAGCGGAGUUGGCGAGCAGAGAGUGAAGCCCAACUAGUUUAAAAUGGAAAAUAACUUCCGGAAGGAAAAACUAUAAAAGCCAUUUUCUUUUUAAAUACGUUUACAGCAUUUUUAUUUUAUUUUGUGAAAGUGUUUGUCAUAGGCAUUACCCACAUAACAGCACUUACAAUAGAUUGAACAAUACCUACAUAAUAAAUCGAAAUACAAAAACAUCUAUUACAAAAUGAUGUCAUAAAAUAACACAUUACAGUAACGUUCAAAUUUAUUUUUAACUAAGCAGUCCGACCACUAAAAAAACAUUCCAUCAUAGUUUUUAACUACAAAAAUAAGUACUAAAUAAUUUUUCAAACAUUUUUUUCCAUCGUGAGUUCAAAAUUAUCUCUUUGCUCAAGGAUAUAUUUUCAUGUGUCUUGAUAAUAAUAAUAUAUGAAGCAAUCUUUUUUAAACUGUGUAAGAAAUAUGGAAUAUUUAAUGAGUAGAUAUUUUAAAUAUAUUAAAACUAGACAUUAUUUAAGAUUCUGUGCGGAGCGAUGAAUAUAUUGGUUUGACAAUGAUGUGUGUUUUUUUAAAAUUUAAAAUUUCAAUUUAUACCUGUCAUUUAUACCUUUUAGUAUAGUAAAAAUGCUUAGAUUUUCAUCAACGGUAUCUUUUCUGAUAGAAAAUUGAAUCUAGUUAGUACUUUGAGGGCGUCAAGAGUUAAAAUUCCCAGUAAUUUUCAUUGGGCGUGGAAAACAAAAAAAAAUUAAGGAAAAACGGUAAACGAGUUAUAAGUAUUUUAAGAUGUACAAACAAUUUACAAUUUUAAAAUACUCAUAACUCGCUUUAAAAUAAAAAUCUAUGAGGUGCCUUGGAGGUAAUGUUACCUUUACAUUUUAUAAGACGUUAAUUCACUCAAAUGUUUAAACGAACGAAGCUAAACGCGAUCUGCUGAGCAUAAAAUUCGCCAUGUUACGCACUUGUAUGACGGAGACAAUAAAUGUCUAAAACAAGUACUAAAUACUAAAUUUAACAGCACCGAGACACAACAUUAUAAUAUGAGUCUUAGAAAUAAUGAUUUUAAUGUUGCGAGUAGUAUAUUUAUGUAGGUUCUGGAGCACCUCCCCCUUAAAUUUUACAUGUAAAAGCAUAGGCACCUCUGUAUAGGCAAUUCGAAGUACACGCACCUCCCAAACUUGUAUUAAUUACUCGAUAUAGGCAACCCGCAACACACAUACACUCGUCACAUACCACCCGAUCCGACACGUGACCGACAUAUAUUUUACCCCUUCCCCUUCAAAUACAUUACCUCCCCUUAAAAAAAGUAUGUAUAAUAUUCUGAUGUACAUUUGUAUCGACUAUAUCGAACACUUGUCUGACAUAUUAUAUUUUACCCCUUCCCCUUCAAAUACAUUACCUCCCCUUAAAAAAAAAGUAUGUAUAAUAUUCUGAUGUACAUUUGUAUCGACUAUAUCGAACACUUAUCCGACAUAUAUUUUACCCCUUCCCCUUCAAAUACAAGACAGCCCCUUUAAAAAAAAAAUAUAUAUAUAAAAUAUUCUGAUGUACCUACAUUUGUAUCAUACAUACACAUACAUACACACAACACACAUACAUACCUAUACAUACACACACAUACAUACAUACAACACACAUACAUACAUACAUACAUACAUACAUACAUACAUACAUACAUACAUACAUACAUACAUACAUACAUACAUAUACAUACAUACAUACGAACAAACAUACUCAUAUAAUAUGAGAUCAUCAUACAUAAUAUCCAAAAAUAUUAUACCUACAAUUUUCAGAUUAUAAUCACAUUCGGAAAAAAUGACUCGCUAAAGCAUACGUUAUACAUCGGAAUAUAUCACACACACACACACACACACACACACACGGAAACUCACACAUAGUCACAAUUAUAAAUAUUGAAACAUUCCAAUCCAACAGAGUACCAUCCUAAAUUAUAUUUUACACCCCGCCACCCGUCCUCACGCCCUAACAAUAUCAUCCGACUACAGACCUGUACAAGCCUGUAGUGACACGUCCGAGUAUUGUCGAUGAAUUUCAGGCAGAAAGUAGUGCACACAGAGCAAAAUUAAAUCAGUCUGUUAACUACAGUUCAAGACGUUCAAGUGUCAAGUCGUGUUAUUUCAGAGUUCUUAUGUGUUUUUAAAGUGUAUACAAAUAUUUUACAAGUUUUAUAAAAAUCAAAUUAUUUAUUUUACUUUAAUGAACACCAUAGUUCAUUUUUUCACCACUAGUUCCGAUAUUAGCGCAUACGUUAAUAUUCGCUUAGAUAAAACUAUUUCACACUGUUAUUUAAAGUACAAUAUAUUUUUCUAUAAUUCAUUACCCAUCUAUUCGUUGAAGGUAAAGUCUUGUUUCGCGAGUUCGACUAGUGUUCUUCAGUUUUCAUCAGACGUAAUCAUGUUCCCCUGUAGUAUAUGUGGUAAAACCUUUACUCGAAUCAGUAGUUUACACAGACAUGCCAAGUCACAUGAUGUUUCCAAAAAGAUUUCAUGCAAUAUAUGCUCAGAAAUAUUCACGCGAAAAGAUAACCUCAUCAGACAUACCAAGGAUAAACACCCUUCAAAUAUUGUAGUUCAACAACAACCAACCAUAACCAAGCAAGAAAUUCAAGAUUUUUUUACACCAGCUGAACACAUUUACGAUUAUAAUGUUCAAUCUCGCAAUGGUCAUAAGCGCCCAUAUCAUACGGAAAAUUCGAAUGAAGCAGCAAAUGCUAAAAAGACACGCAUGAGCAUCGUCAAGACACGAGGAUUCAUCAAGACAGGCACAUCGUUAUCGAAUAAAAUCAAUUGGUAUUACGUGAAAAAUACAGAUAACUUGACCAACUACAGAACAUUUUUAGAAUCAACAAAAAAAGACUUAAUAGAACUACUCAAGUCACUAUCAGCAAAACAACCAAUUAAAUAUAAUCUUAAAUUAGAAGCAACAUAUGAACGCCCGAACGUAGAAAAUUCAGCAGAGAAUAGAGCAUUUAAGACCUCAGCUAAGGAAAUGUUUAUAGAUACAGAUAUUGAAGCUAAAAUUAAUCAAGAUUUUGUCAACCUUUUGCUUGAAGAAGAAAUGUAUACUUCUAAAGGAAGUGGAUUUACACUACAAUCAAUAGAUGGUUUACUGUUAGGAGUAUAUAGUUAUUUCCCUAUGGGUGGUUCGUCUUAUAUUACACUUCCAGAGGACAUAAAAAAUAAAAAAGCAAUUAUCAAUCCCCAAAACUCAGACCAACAGUGCUUCAAGUGGGCAAUCAUAGCGAGACACGUUUCGGGUAAUGCCAAAAAUCAAGUGGCUGAAAAUUAUACAUCGCUCGAGGACAAAUAUAAUUUUUCUGGUUUAACAUUCCCAACACCUGUGAGGGAAAUAAAAACAUUUGAAAAAAAUAAUCCGAAAAUAUCAGUCAACGUUUAUGGAUUAAAAAAAGAAAAGAAUAAGAAACAUAUUGUUUAUCCACUUAAGGUUGCGGAUGAAGAAAAAAAAUAUCAUUUUGAUCUCUUACUAAUUACUGAUGGUAAUAAAAGCCACUACACCUACAUUUCUAACCUUUCGAGGCUUGUGAGAUCACAAAAAACAUUACACGCCGAAAAUGUUGUAUUUUGCAAACGAUGUUUUACCAGUUUUGACAAUAUACAUACAAAAUAUAAGUUAAAAGGUCAGGCGGGACUUGAACAACACAAGUUGAUAUGUGGAGCACAUAAGCCAAUUCUGCCUAAGAUGCCUGAGCCCGGUACAUUGUUAGAGUUCGAUGGGUGGAGUAACACUGAAAGACAUCCGUUCGCGAUAUAUGCCGAUUUCGAGGCACUCCUUGUUAAAUGCGAAGAAAAAAAAGGCAAAAAAACAGCAGCUUUUCAAAAGCACGAGCCAAUGAGCUAUGGAGUUUUCGUAAAGGCUUCAGAAAACGUCCCCAUUGAGUUGCUUGAGAAAUAUGACAUACCAACAUCACCUAUUAUUUAUCGUGGAAGCGAGUCACAUCAGGAUGUAGCCAAGCGUUUCGUUAAUGAAGUAACAGAGAUCGCGAGAAGAGUUCAAGAUUUACUUAAAACAAAUAAACCCAUCAUAAUGACAGAAAAAGAGCAAAUAGCACAUGUCUCGAAAAGUACAUGCAAUCUAUGUGAAUGUAAUUUUUCUAUCAAAAACCAAAAGGUGGCAGAUCACUGCCAUCUAUCAGGGACAUUUAGGCAAACUUUAUGCAAUACUUGCAACCUGAAACUCCAAAAACCUAACUUUAUACCGUGCUUUCUACACAAUUUGUCUAAUUACGAUGCACAUUUCAUCGUAACCGAACUCGGAAAUGACACUAAAUCAAUCUCAGUAAUUCCAAACAGUGAAGAAAAAUACAUUUCAUUUUCAAAACACGUUACCAACAACUUUUCAAUUCGAUUCAUAGACUCUUGUCGAUUCAUGGCAUCAAAGUUAUCAACACUCGCAGAAAAUUUAUUAACACCAGGGUUCAAGAAGUUCAGAGAAACCGCAAAAGCAUUCGCACCCGGAGAUAUGAAUCUCGUCACACGUAAGGGUGUAUACCCUUACGAGUUUACCGAUAGUUGGGACAAGUUAGAAGAAACGAUUUUGCCUCGGAAAGAAGAUUUUUAUAGCACAUUAACGGAAGAACAUAUAGACGAUGAGGAAUACGAACACGCAGUCACAGUAUGGAACCAUUUCAAAUGCAAAACCCUAGGAGAAUAUAGCGAUUUGUAUCUAAAAAUUGACGUGCUGCUGUUGGCUGACGUGUUUGAAAAUUUCAGAGACAUGUGCAUUUCUACAUACAAUUUAGACCCUGUUUACUACUUUACAGCUCCAGGUUUUAGUUUUGACUGUAUGUUGAAAUAUACCAAAGUCAAACUAGAAUUACUCUCUGAUUUUGACACCCACUUAUUUUUCGAAAAUUCAAUCCGCGGCGGCCUCACACAAGCAAGUAUGAGGUACGCUAAAGCUAAUAAUGAAAAAACCCAAGAUUAUGACCCAACAAAGUCAAAAUCGUGGAUAGUUUACCAAGAUUGUAACAAUUUGUACGGGUGGGCAAUGUCACAGCACAUGCCAUACGGUGACUUUAAAUGGGUGGAGCCUAAGUUAGAUGGAUUAGAUGCUUUGACGCCGACGUCAGAUAUAGGCAGAGUGUAUGAGGUAGACAUAUCAUACCCUAAUGAACUCCAUGACUUACACAACGAUCUUCCAUUUUUACCUGAGAACAAAAUUCCUCCUGGUUCAAAAGUGAAAAAACUUAUGGCGACACUUCAUUCAAAAAAAAAUUACGUAAUCCAUUAUCGAAACCUGCAGCAAGCCAUAGCAAAUGGUUUAAUUGUAGAAAAAGUACACAGAGUUUUAGAGUUCAAACAAUCGGAUUGGCUUGCAAAAUACAUUAAAUUAAAUACCGAAAUGAGGAAGAACGCAAAGAAUGAAUUUGAAAAGGAUUUCUUCAAACUCUUAAACAAUGCAGUUUUUGGGAAAACUAUGGAAUCUUUACGGAAACGUUUUAAGAUGGAACUAGUUUCAUGUCCACAAAGAUUACAAAAACUAAUCAACAAGCAAACAUUUAAACAUUGUACGACAUACAGUGAAAAUCUUGCUGCUGUCUCAUUGGAAAACAAAAUUAUCAUGUUUAACAAGCCAAUAUAUAUAGGUUUCGCAGUAUUAGAUAUCAGUAAAACCAUGAUGUACGAUUACCAUUUUAAUGUAAUGAAGGCGCAUUAUGGUGAUAAUAUCAACCUCAUGUAUACAGAUACAGAUUCACUGAUAUAUCACAUUAAGACUGACGAUUUUUACAAAGAUUUGAAGUGCAAUUCAAACUUACUUGACCGGAUGGAUACUUCAGAUUUACCGAUAGACCAUCCAUGCUACAUUUCCGAACGAAAGAAAAUUCCAGGAUUGUUCUCCGAUGAGGGAAAGGGACAGCUAAUUACCCAGUUUAUCGCGCUUCGAGCAAAGUCAUACGCUUACAUUUUGAACGACAAGGAGAAAAUUAAGGCAAAAGGCGUACGAGGGCACGUAGUUAAAAAUCACAUGACUUUCAAUGAUCAUUUCGAUUGCCUUUUCGCCGAUGACGAAAAAGAGAACUCUAAACUGUAUACUAGGGAAAAUGUAUCCAUCAGAUCAUUCAACCAUAAGAUACGAACAAUCAAAUCCAAAAAAUUAUGCUUCAACCGACAAGAUGAUAAGCGGAUAGCAAAGACCGAUAGAAUACAUACCUACGCUCAUGGACAUUUUAAACUCGAUUGUUAAUUGUAUUUAAAAAAAAAAAAAAAAAACUAUAAACAUACAUAUAUAUUUGUAAAUUAUAUUUAAUUUUAUAAAUGUUUAGGUUAAUUUAAUUUUUAUUUUGUGAAAUAUCUCUGUAGAUAUUAAUUAGUUUAUUAUUUUUGUAAAAUAGCUGUGUAGAUAUUAUUGUGUUUUGUUUUUUAUUUUGUAAAAUAUCUCUAUAUAUAUAUUAAAUUGUUUUUUUUUUGUAAUAAAGUCACUUAUCAUAAUUCAAAUCUUUUUAUUAUUUUUGAUAUAUUAUUUCCUUUUCUCGCAUGUAUAAUUCUUUACAUCUGAACAUACAUUGUAAAGGUACAUGUAUGCUAGAACAAUAUAAGUAUACUAUCAUGGCUUCAUAUUAUUUAAUGCUAAAU